ACAUUAAAGUCUCAUUAAAUAUGCAUUAAACAAUUUAAAAAAAAUAAUGGAUCUUGUUUACACAUUUGUUUUAAGUAAGGUUGCUUAUAAAACUGAAACAACCACGUGGAUUUACGUAAUUGUCUUAUCUAUUGUAUUUACAAUGUAUAUAUGCGUCUAUAUAACCUUUGAGUAAGGGUUAAAGAUUAUAUUUGGGUUGCUCAUAUCUGUUUUCCUAUUUACAAUUGAAAUGAGUUGAAUAAGUAUUAAAUAAGACCAGAAGCAAAUGCGUCGCAAACUGCGCUAACAUAUGUAAUAGUAACAUGUAUCGGAUAACAAGGGUAAAGACGCCGAUUUUACAAUGUCGCGUAAUAGUUUUAUGUAUACAUAAUUUGCACACCUCUAAAACCUUGCAGAAUAGAUUUGAUAAGAUCUUAAUUGCAAAUAGAGGAGAGAUUGUAUGCCGUGUUGUAAGAACUGCCAAAAGAUUAGGAAUAAAAACUGUAGGCAUAUACAGUGAAGCAGAUAGAAAUUCUAUGCACGUAGAUCAAGUGCAUGAAGCCUACUGUGUUGGUCCUGCACCUUCCCAUCAAAGUUAUUUGAGGCAGGAUAAAAUAAUAUCUAUCGCUAAGAAAUCAAAGUGUCAGGCAAUACAUCCUGGUUAUGGGUUCCUUUCAGAAAAUGCAGAGUUUGCAGAGCUCUGUCAAAAAGAGAAUAUAAUAUUUAUUGGCCCUCCAUCAGAUGCAAUUAAAAGCAUGGGUAUUAAAAGUACUUCAAAGACAAUAAUGCUUGAAGCUGGGGUUCCUGUUGUAGCAGGAUACCACGGAAAGAAUCAGUCUGAUGAGGCUUUAUUACAGCAAGCAAGGAAGAUAGGUUUUCCUCUGAUGAUUAAGGCUGUAUGCGGCGGAGGAGGAAAGGGAAUGAGAAUCGUUUUAAAGGAAUCGGAUUUUUCUGAAGCGUUAGAAUCAGCGAGAACUGAAUCUGAGAAAGCAUUCGGUGACUCGACGGUGUUACUCGAACAAUAUAUCAACGAACCAAGACAUAUCGAGGUACAAGUAUUUGCAGAUAAACACGGAAAUGUCGUUCAUAUGUUUGAAAGAGAUUGUUCCGUUCAAAGAAGACAUCAAAAGAUCAUCGAGGAAGCGCCAGCACCCGGAAUUUCAGCAGAUUUAAGGGCGAAAUUAGGUGAAACAGCAGUUCGAGCAGCAAAAGCUGUAAACUACGUUGGCGCUGGUACCGUUGAGUUUAUAAUGGAUCGUAAGCGAAACACUUUCCAUUUCAUGGAAAUGAAUACUCGUCUUCAAGUGGAACAUCCAAUUACGGAGGCAAUUACAGGAUUGGACUUGGUAGAAUGGCAAUUGAAAGUAGCAGCCGGAGAAGAACUUCCGUUAAAUCAGGAAGAAAUUAAUUUUCAUGGGCAUGCUUUUGAAGCUAGAAUAUACGCAGAGAAUCCAAGGAAGGGUUUUCUACCAGGAGCUGGAAGUAUAGCAUACAUGAGACUUCCAGAAGCCACAGAUAAAACGAUCAGAAUUGAACGUGGAGUUCGCGAAAAGGAUGAAGUAUCCGUGCAUUAUGACCCGAUGAUCGCAAAACUGGUUGUCUGGGGAAGAGAUAGAGAAGAAGCAUUGGCGACGCUUAGAUUAAAACUAAGCGAUUAUAAUAUAGCCGGACUCGAUACCAAUAUAGAGUUUAUUAAGGACUUGUGCUCGCAUCCUAGCUUUCGUGAAGGACAUGUACACACUGGGUUCAUAGAAGAACAUCGUGAAGAACUAUUUCCAAAACUACAAGUGCCAAGUGAAAUUGUCGCACAAGCUACCCUUGCCUCCAUACUUUACGAAGACACAGACUCUCUACGAUCGGCUCUUAAAACUGUUGAUCCCUUCAGCCCCUUCGCAACAGAAACUGGACUGAGGUUAAAUCAUAAUUCAUCCCGUACAUUUCAUUUCAACGUUUAUGGUGAUGAUAUCGAUGUUGAAGUAAAAUACGUUGAACCUGAAAUCUAUUCUAUGAGAAUCAACAGAAUUGGCCGUUGGAGAACAGUAACUGGUGUCUUAAAGAAAAAAGAAAAUUCGUUAGAAUUAUCUACUGAAAUCGACGAAAUGAUCUGGAAAGCAAGAAUAAUUAAGAUCCGCAACAAGUUACACCUAUUCACCAAAGAUCGCGAAUGGCAAUUCAGUACACCUCCCAUGAAAUUUCUUUCUGAUGUUACGUGUACUGCACUCGAAGCAGAUCCAUGCAAUGCUUUGAGUCCGAUACCGGGUUUUAUAGAGAAAUUAUUCGUUGCAAAAGGAGACACUGUUGAAAGAGGCGAAGCUUUGCUCGUCAUUACUGCAAUGAAAAUGGAAUACAUCGUUAGAGCAUCCACCGAUGGAAUUGUCGAGAAUAUAUCAUGUUCAGUAGGUGAUAAUGUCCCUAAGAAUAAGGUUCUCGUUAAACUGACUGAAUCUCAAGAAAAUACGACUACGACUCUUCUACACGUUGCCAAAAUGAUGUACACGGGGACUACCGCGUCGCAGGAUACGAGGUUCAGCGACAAGGAGAAAAAGCUUCUGAAACAAAUGAAGUUUGGAGAUUCUCUCACUCAGAAAGUGGAUAUGAGCAAAGUUAAACUUGAUGUUAUCAAGCCAUGGAUCACUACAAAAAUCACACAGAUUUUAGGAAUGGAGGAUGAUGUAGUGGUAGAAUUUGUAUAUAAUCAACUGGAGGAAAAGUUUCCCGACCCCCGAAAAAUGCAGAUCAACCUAACAGGCUUCCUGAAUGGAAGGAAUGCCCGAUCUUUCAUGGGUGAAUUAUGGGACCUUCUGGUCUCUGCUCAGGAAAGUGUAACGGGCAUUCCAGAGGCUUUCUUGCAACAAAAAAAAGAUCAGAUUAAAAAGCGUUUGGAGGAGCAAGAGAAGCUCCAAGCUUCUUUGGCAGAGAAAGAGAAAGAAAAGGAAAGGGAAAAGGAGAAAGAUGAAGCCGAAAGCAAGAUAAAGAAAGAAGAAAAGGAACGUGGUUCGUCAAAGGAGCGUAGAAGAGAUCGAAGCAGAGAUCGUGAUAGGGACAGAAGUAAGAGGAGUCGAUCAAGAGAUCGACACAGAGACCGCGACAGAUCGAGUCGUAAACGACGAUCAUCUUCAAGAUCACCUAGCAAAAAUUCAUUGAAGGACAACGGUAAAGACAUGCCGGAAGUUAAAGUUGAACGGGAGGAUUCACCUCAACCUGAAAACGCUAUACCGCUGAUGCCCGUUAAGACGAAACCGGAAGCCGCUGUUGCAAUAUCCCGAUUGCAAGCCAAACUAAUGAGCAUUGCCGAUGGAAAGAAGAAGAACAAUCGUACUCCAUCCCCCGAGUCACUUGACAAAGCGAAGAAAUCUAGAUCCAGAUCAAAGUCGCCUGUAAGCCGUUCCAAAAAAUCUAGAUCCAAAUCACCGAGCCGAGAUUCAAAAACACGCCGUUCUCGAUCGCCUGCGUCGAAAUCGAGACGGUCUCGUUCCAAGUCAAGAUCAAGAAGAUCCAGGUCUAGAUCCAAGUCAAGGAGAUCGAAAUCCAGAUCGCAGGAUCGUUCUAAAUCGAGACGUACGAAAUCCAAGUCACCGAGAUCCCAUUCAAGAUCUCGAUCCCGAUCGAAAAAAUCAAGAUCCAAAAGCAUCGACAGGAGCAAGGCCCGGAAAUCGAGGUCAGAUUCGAGCGAUUCCAGGUCGUCCAAGUCUCGCUCGAAAUCACCCGAUAAGAGAAAGGACGCUCUCGAUUCAAAUAGGAAACGAGAUGCUAGUACAAGCAGCAGUUCCGAGUCAGAAGAAGACAAAGGAGCGAAAGACAAGAAUGAUUUCGAAAUUAGAAAGAAGAAAGAUGGAGUGCAGGCUAAAAGAUCGUAUAGAAAAACUAACAAGGAUGAUAGCGGUAGCGACAGUGAUUCGAGCCGGGAAAGGAAAUCUGUCCCCAAACGAAGAAGCCCCUCGCCGCGUAAAGACAGAGGUCGAUCAAAAGAUAGAGACAGAUCGCGAGAUAGAUCACGGGAUAGAUCGCGAGAUAGGUCACGCGAUCGAUCUCGAGAUAGGAACAGGAGGAGAUCCAUAGAUAGAGAACGAGAAAGAAGACGGGAGCGGGAACGAGAAAGGGAAAGGGAAAGGCUGGAUAGAUAUAGCGGUAGCCGCAGCAUGCGGCCACCAUCAGUGCGCAGAGCACCUAGUAGGCGAAGAAGCCCUCCUCGCAGAAGUCCGGCAAGAUAUCGGCGCAGAUCUCCUAGUCCCGGUGAGAGACGCAGAAGAAGAUCCCUCGAUCGAAGACGACGAUCGUCGGAGCGACGAGACAGGCGUCGAUCUCCGGAUCGUCGCGACAGCAGGCGUCGUUCACCAGAUGGACGGGAUCGAUCCCUCAGGUACGAUAGAUCUUCCUCUCGCGACAGAUCGAGUAGGCGAGACCGUUCCAGAGACAGGGACAGAAGGGAUAGAGAUCGGAGAUCUAGAUCUAAAGAUCGUAGAUCGAGGUCUAAAGAUCAACGGGCAUCGGUGGAUCGUUCGAGGGAUGCGAAACGAUCUCCCGAUCGGUCGAGAGAUCCGAAGGAGAAGAUAAAGGAGAAGAAAGUGGAUGAAAAAGUUAAAAGAACAACCGAUACAGGAUCGCGAAAAGAAUUACGAAAUGGAAGGUCUAAGUCAAGUAGCUCGGAAAGUAGCGAAAGUAGUUCCUCUAGCAAUGAGGAUGAAGCGAUCAGAAAAUCGCUCGAACGGAAAUCGUCUCAGGAAAAACGUGAACGCGAAAGGGAACGGGAACACGUGGAUGAGAAACGUAAAGAAAAAGAAAAACCUAAGGAAGAGCCCGUCAAACGACCCGAGAAGGAAGUGAAGAAGGUUGAACCUCCGACUAUCAAGAAACCGGAUCCAAGUGUUUCCCCUAAAAAGCUUCAACCUACCACACUUCCUGUAACUAGGCAUAGAUUUUCUAAGAGUCUGUCCAGAACGCCCUCGCCGUUUAAAAAGACUGAAGACAUCAUAGCUGCAGUUAAAGUUAAACAACCUUUGAAGGAGGAUAAUAAGGAAGAAUCGCCGAAAGAAGAAUCCAACUUCUCGUCGGGAGACAAUUUCCCAUUAAAGAAAGAUGACAAGUCGAUUAAAUCAAUCAAAACGACGUCGGAAGAAAAGAAGUCAGGUCAAAAAUCGUCGGAACCAGUGAUUUUGAAGAAACCAGUGGAAGUGAUCAAAAAAUCAAAAAGGGAGAAACGUGAUGGUUCUUCGGAUUCGAAUGACAGUGAAAGCGAAGGAAAGAAAAAAUCGAGGAAAAUAGACAAGUCCAGAAAAUCCAGGAAGGCUUCUACGGAUGAUGAAAAAUCGGACAAAGGUGGCUCCAGCUCGGAUUCCGAAGACGAGAGGAAGCAUGUAGAAAAAAGUAAAAAGAUCAGAGACUCGAACCGAGGAGAUUCGUUGGACGAACGUUCCAAGGAUAGGAAGGAUAACAGGAAGAGAGACACCAGUGAAAAUGAAUCUCGUAAACGACCGAAAAAAGACUUAGAAGAAGAAACUAAGAAAUCUAAGAGAUCUAGAAAAGAUUCUUCUUCGGGAGAUGAAGACCCAAAAACAAAAAGAAACAAAGCUGAAGAUGAUCGAUCUAGGUUAAGGAAGUCUAAAAAAGAUUCAAGCUCAGAUGACGAACCGAAAAAGACAAGAAAACGAAAAGAUAGUUCUUCGGAGGAUGAAAAAUCUAGAACGAGGAAAUCUAGGAAAGAUUCAACGAGCGAAGAUGAAGCAAAAAUAAGAGUGAAGAAGUCGAAACGAGACUCGAGUACGGAAGACGAAGAGAUAGGAGAAAAGGAUGCAAAGAAGAAGAGGAAAGUAGAUGACAGUUCAGAUGAAGAGAAAGUGAAGAAAAAACGUAAAAAGAAGACUAAAACUAGUACGAGUGAAUCAGAGGAAAGCGAAGUAGAAGAAAAGAAGAAGAAAAAAGAUAAGAAGCACAAGAAACACAAAAAACAUAAGAAGCAUAGGAAGCACAAAAAGAAGAAGGUUGCUGACUCUGACGAAUCUGAUGUGAGUGAAGGUAACACUGAAGAACUGGAAAAAAAGCUUCGUGAGAAAGCAUUGAAAUCGAUGAAAAAAGGACACAGUAUAGAAAGAAGUGACUGAGACUUUGUGUGAUCUAUUAACAAGGGUGUGUAAUAUGUGUGUAUUUCUGUAUUACGAUGCACUUGCUUUAAUUGUAUUCACGGAUGUUUCUGUUUAUUAUAUCUACAGUAGGAUUUUACCGUAUCAUAUUUUCUUGAGUAAAAGAAGUCUGGUAUUAAAUGAAUUCGUCCUCGAGCGAUAAAACCCUAAUUUUUAUAAAUCUUAAACGUAAGUUUAAGAUUACAGAGUUAAAUACAAUAGUUAUUUCCUUGACUUAGUAAACAAAACUAGCGUAUGUUAUACCCGUAGUAACAGUAAUUUCUUGUGCCACUUUAAUGUACGAUUUUUACAUUUUUCAAAGUAUCGGCACAACCGAACAAAGAUAUAUCCUUUUUAGUUAAUAAGUUCAUGAUUUAAUGUUUAUUUGAUAGGACAAUAAGUUUAAUUUGUAAAUCUAAUUUGUAUAAAAAUAAUUUUUCAUCAAAUUAUCUAUAUUAAGCUAACAGAAUAAAUUGCGUUUUGAUGAAAAAUAUUACGUACCUUGUACGGACUUAACACGCCCUCUUGUUGCGAUAUUUAUACACAUAAAUUGUAUAACAAAAA